AUGGAUGUGAUGCUGAUUAAGAACGAGAUUAACGAUAAUAGAAGGAGAGUUCUUAGCGUACCUGCAAAUUCAGCGGAGGGCAGUGGCGGUGUCAAGUGCAUUAAGAGGAGGAGAGAGCCAGCAUUGUCAGCGGUUGUGAAGAAUGGCAACGGAGAGGCAACAGCUCAGCAGAUUCCAACUGGUAGUACUAUUAAGAGGAGCUCCAGGUUUAGAGGAGUUAGCAGACAUCGAUGGACUGGCCGGUUUGAAGCUCAUCUAUGGGAUAAAGGAUCCUGGAAUGUUACACAAAGGAAGAAGGGAAAACAAGUUUACCUUGGUGCAUAUGAUGAGGAAGAAUCAGCAGCAAGAGCUUAUGAUCUAGCUGCCCUCAAGUAUUGGGGACCUACCACCUUCACAAACUUCCCUGUGACAGAUUAUGAAAAAGAGCUACAGAUAAUGCAGAAUGUAACCAAAGAAGAGUAUCUAGCCUCUUUAAGAAGAAAGAGCAGUGGCUUCUCAAGAGGUGUAUCCAAGUAUAGAGGAGUUGCAAGGCAUCAUCAUAAUGGAAGAUGGGAAGCGAGAAUUGGCAGAGUUUUCGGGAACAAAUAUCUCUACCUUGGAACAUACAGCACUCAAGAAGAGGCUGCUCAUGCUUAUGACAUUGCAGCAAUUGAAUAUCGAGGGAUCAAUGCAGUUACCAACUUCGACCUGAGCACAUACAUAAGGUGGCUCAGGCCGGGCAUUUCCAAUAUCAUGAACAACCCACAGGAAGCACAGCCGAACACUGGACAAUUACAAGCAAACAUCUUUCCGAGCAAUGUUGAUGCGCAAAUUUCACUAGCAAAUCGAAGGGCCUUCACAGUUGACGUGCAACAGUUGUCAUGCAAACAUGAAUUCAUGCCGUACCAAACCACAGGCGGCAACAAGUCAUCUCCGACAGCACUUGGUCUGUUACUGAAAUCGUCAAUGUUUCAACAGCUCGUGGAGAAGAAUUCAAUUGUAUCAAAUGAGGAUGUCGACGGAGAGGACGUCAAGGAUCUGAGGCUGCAACUGGAGGCCGGGGAUAUGUACAAUAGAAUCGUGUAUGAGGGGAUAGUGGACUCGAACGCUGAGGUCAAUGAGCAAGGAAUCUGGAACGGUGCGCUGGGGAUUCAGUAGACGUCACUGGGCAUGAAGUCCUUGUGGGAGAGAAUGUGACAAAGGGGAGAGAGUUGUGUGCUCAUAACUCUGUACUUUGACUUUUGAAGUAUAGACGUCUCUCUUUGGCACAGAGUCAUGAAUAAAGAACAGGGUU